AUGCAGCUCCGCGUUCCACCCAAGUUCCACCUUCUCUCCUCUCAAUCUCUUCUUGCCGUUGUUCUACAUCUCAUCCCCCGCAUCCAUCUAUACUCUCCCACCCCAACCUCGCCCUCUCCCCUCGCCUCUGGCCCCUCCUCGGCUCCCCCUCCCUGCUGGCCCCCCCUCCCCGGCUUCCCCUCCCUCUCUCUCCUCCCGCCUCUUCUCCUAGUUUCCGCCUCUCCGCCCGCCCUCUCAGCGAAGCCAGAUCAGCGGCACACCCGCUUCGAGGUCAACGAGAGCGGGAUAGGGUAUACCCAGGACCGCAUCGAGUUGCGGUCGAAAACCUUCUGUUUCAAGGGCGCUGAAAAACGGGUGGGUUGUCUUUACUUUCUCCGGCGUGUCUCCACCCUCCUCGGCCAAAAGGACGGCAGCCGCUUCCGACGUCGCCCUUGGCCCAAGGCGUUCGUCCGUACCCCAUCUGGUGGUGCACUUCCUGUGUCUUUCCAUUCUCUCGGCGCGUUGCCGGAUACGGCUAUCUUGACAUGCGGUUUCGGAUUGGAAUGCACUUCCUUUGAGAAGUCGCAGGGGGCUGUCGUUUCCGACUCCAUUGGCCAGAUUUUGCAUGGAGGAGGCGGAAUACGCACACAAGACUAUAGAGGUCGUUGA